UUUUGAAAAUCCGUGCUAAUCCUACCAGGAGCAGCCAGUUUACUGCUUGUUUUGCCAAUGGGUACUUUCUUUCUUACUUUUGUACAAAGCUUCAGAACAGUGGAUAAAUAUAGGGUGAUAGUCAUCGCUGCCAGUUACUGGGACCCUGACAUUGAGAACCAAAGGCUUCACCCCUUCUCUCCACUGCUACUCCCAGUGAACUAGCCUGUCAACACAGAGCGCGCUUGCAGAAGUUGAGGACAGACUCCUGUCACAAUGAAGCUGGUUCGGACCCUUCUCCUUUGCCUGGUGUUGGUGGUGAAGCUGUCCUACUCUCAGGAGGAGGGUGAAGAGGUGGAGGCAGAGGCCCCCGAAGAGCACGCAGAAGGCCCAGGCGGUGAGGCAGACACUCCCAGUGUGGUAGUGGAUGAGAGGAAGCUAUGUGCUGGCUGGAUGGGAGGCGUGCCAGGAACCCCGGGACACAAUGGAGCCUCAGGGAGAGAUGGCAGAGACGGCAGAGAUGGAAUAAAGGGAGAGACAGGAGAACCAGGUGCUCCUGGAGAGAAGGGUGACACCGGAGAGCCUGGCCUUACUGGCCCAGAGGGACCCCGCGGCUUCCCUGGCACCCCAGGCCUGAAGGGCGACCGAGGGGAGAGCGCCCUCCUCUACCGCUCUGCAUUCAGUGUGGGGCUGAUAGACCGCACCCCCAUGCCCAACGUGCCCAUCAAGUUCAACAAGAUCUUCUACAACGGCCAGAGGCACUACGAUGACAGCACAGGCAAGUUCCGCUGCUCCAUCCCCGGAGUGUACUACUUCACCUACCACCUCACCGUCUACCUGAAAGACGUCAAGGUCAGCCUGUACAAGAGUGACAAGACCAUCAUGUUCACGUUUGACCAGUUCCAGGAAAACAACGUCGACCAGGCUUCGGGCUCCAUCAUCCUGCACCUGGACACAGGGGAGGAGGUAUGGCUUCAGGUGUACGGAGAAGAGGCCUAUGCAGGAAUCUACGCCGAUAACAUCAACGAUUCCACGUUUUCUGGAUUCCUUCUCUACCCUGAUAUAAAAACGCAAAACGGAGAUCGCUAAAGGGGUGUUGGCGCAGGAGGGGCUGUUGAAGGCCUCAUCCAUGUUUACUUAUUAUAAUCAUAUAAGGUUUGCGAUACUUUCCUUAAACUUCUAUCAAAUGCCCACUUUGGACAACAACGGAGGGAGCAUCACAGGAAGCUGGUUGUUUUAAUAAUUUCAUUAAUUAGGUGUGUGUUCCAAGUGUUUUUUAGGGCUCCCAAAAUGUCUUUCAGGCCCUAGUUGGUGCUUUUGGAUGUAUGCACGGUGGUUAUUAGUGUAACGGGGUGACCCACGUCACUUUAUUUAGGCACUAUUUAUUAACAUUUUAAAUGAUAGUAAUCCCGUUUUGAUUUGUCACCUUUGAUUUAAUGUUAGUUUGUUUUGAAGCACAGACCCCACUGGCACGUUGAUGCUCUCCUGUUCUCAGCCCCCAUAGGUGUCCUAUUGGAUAAUUUGAAGAAGCUGAGCACCUUAUAAAAGUUACUGAUUUCAUCCACUGGAUUGGAUUUUGUCGUGUUGAUGUGAACCCAGGUUUGUCUGGAGUAAAGGUUGGACGCACAGCCAGCAGGAGCAGAGAAGCAAUUAGACUUGUUUGUGUUCGGCGGUGGGUUGGGAGAAAAAUGAACGAAACAGCUGCCGACAUUUAGAGCGAGGUGCUGUGGUCCUGCUGUGCAUCAUGCAUCCACUCCGUGUGUGUGUGUGUGUGUGUGUGUGUUUUUAACCGUUUUAGAUUUAGUAUUUUUAAUUAUAUAGUAUUGUAUUAAUUAUAUAUUUUUUUGGAGGAGUGCUGGAGACGGGGAGCUUUAAAGUAUUGUUUUAUUGUUUUUAGUAAGCCCUGUCUCCGCGAUCGUAUUGAGCAGCACUGCACUUUGUUCUGUAAUUAACUAUUUAAUGAAUAGUGCAAACCCCAUGCCUUGACUUGUCCUAUUUGUUAAAUCUAGUUAACCACCUGUAUUUAAUAAAACGAUGUCCAUUUCCUUGCA